UUUGCUUCCGCGUCGCUUUCCUCCUCAUAAUCCCGGACGAGCACAACUAACCAUCAUGGCCCUAGACGUACCAGAUGGCACCCCCGACCGUGGGGAAGGUGUCGUGAUCUUGAGCAUCAUCCUCAUGGUCCUGAUAAUUCUGGCCACGAUCACUCGUAUUAUGAGCAAGAUUAUCGCGCACCAAAACUGGUGGUGGGAUGACCUAUUCGCAAUUCUCUCCGUGAUAUGCGAACUGGUCGUGCUAUCCCUGGUCCUAGUAUGGCGAAACAUAGGCCUGGGCUAUCACAUGUCAGUCGUGGCGUCCAUCAACCCGGAAUACCUGAUCAGCGGCUCCAAAUAUCUCUUCAUCGCAAUCUUCUUCUUCGAUGCCUCCGUCUGCCUUCCCAAGAUCUCCGCGGUCUUCUUCUACGCGCGCGUAUUCCGCUCCAAUAACAGCGCAUUCCGCAUCAACCUCUGGAUCAUCGGCGCCCUCGUCGCGGGCUGGCUCAUCUCCGCCGAAAUAUCAACCAUUUUCCAAUGCAACCCCAUCGCCAAGGCCUGGAACACCACCUUACCAGGAACAUGCAUUAAACAAUACGACUGGUAUCUCUCGACUGCGAUCCUUUCCACCGUAAUUGACUUCUACAUCCUCAUCCUCCCGAUUCCGAUGAUCUGGUCCCUAAAAAUGAGCCUCCGACGCCGUAUCUACCUCCUCAUUUGCUUUUUCAUGACCUACUCCGUCAUCGUCCUGUCCCUGGGCCGUCUUGUCGCCGUCGUCAACGUUGUCCCGGUCAUGUCCACCGAUUUGACAUGGGAGUUUCCCCUGUAUCUAUACUGGUCUGUCCUGGAGGGGUCGAUUUCCAUAGUCUCGAUUAGCGUCCCGAGUGGUAUCGCUCUGGUCAAAGCCAUUAUCCGACCGGAGGGGAGUGCCUGGGGGUCCACCAAUGGGAGUAGUGGGAAGCGCGGAAGCUAUGGAAAUACCACUACGAUCAAACCUGUCAAGGAACGGUCCAUGCGCAGCUACGGCGAUAGGGGGAGCGAUGACCAUCUCGUUUCGGACGUCGAGACAGUCAGAACAGUGAAUUCGGAUGAAGAUGAUGCGACUAUCCCACUAGGCGGAAUCAAGAUCCGGACGGAUAUCCGAGUUAUGAAUCGUGAGAAGCAAUCAAAGAAAUAAAUCAAAUAAAAAAAAAAAGAAGAAGAAGAAGAAGGGAGACGGAAGCCAAGAAACAAAGAUAACACAUGAAGAAAAGAAAGAAAUGAGUGUGAUGACCCUUUAAGCAGGCGGGUCGGGUGGAAAUGUGGUUUAUCCUGCCAUACGACGUUCUGACUAGCACCUAGCUAUGUAUAUACCCCUUUUGUGCACUGACGGUUCAAUGAUAUCCAUUUGCGCAUGUUUAUCUGUUUUUGCCUUCUUCCAUUUGUUCAGAGGCAAACCCUUCCUUUCACAAGCUUCC